GAGAGAAAGAGAGAGAGAGCGAGGAAGAAGAAGAGGGAGGACGUUGUUGCUUGGUACGUCUAGAUAACCGAGAGCCGGCUAAUGACCAACGUCAACAGGAUCAGGGUGGUCGUCCUCGGCGGCCCCAGAGUCGGCAAAUCAGCGGUGGUUGUGCGAUACCUGACGCGGCGCUAUAUCGGCGAGUACAGUUCAACCAGCGAUUUCCUCUACCGGCAUAGCGUAACCAUCGACAGUGUUACAACCGAGGUCGAAAUACUGGACACAUCGAGAUGUGAGGAGAACGGCUGUCUGUACUCACACAUAAGAUGGGGCGAGGCCUUCGUCAUCGUGUACAGCGUGACGUGCAAGCGAAGUUUCCAGGAGGCGCGAGGACUUCUCGAGCAACUCGCCGAUUUUCGUCUGCCUUCGUACUUCACCGCCCUGCUACUUGGCAACAAACGCGACCUCGAUCAUGCUCGCCGCACCCCUGUAGUCAAACGAUGUGCAAUCGAUAUGGUGCUGAGCGAGACUUCUAAUCCUGGAUAUAGACUAGACAAAAAGAGAAAUGCUUGGGAGGGAAGCUGA